UUCAAGAGCCAAACAGCAUGGAGAUCACAGCACUGUGCACUAUUGUCGCCUCUCUGAGAGUCACUCCCAGCAGUACCCAGUUCUUUCGGUAUGAGUCUGUCAAGCUGAGCUGUGGGGAGCAUGAAAAGUCAUCUGAAUGGAAGGUUAAGAGAAACACAUCCACACACAUAAACGAGGAGUGUUCCGUAACUUGGGGGAACAGAAAUGAGUCCCAGUGUUUCAUUGAUGACGUUUACCCAUCAGACACUGGAGUGUACUGGUGUGAGUCUGGAGCUGGAGAGUGCAGCAAUGCCGUCAACAUCACUGUGACUGAUGGCUUUGUGAUCCUGGAGAGUCCUGUCCUUCCUGUGCAGGAGGGAGAAGCUGUGACUCUGCGCUGCACAAAUAGGAUGACUUCCUCCUCCAAUCUCACAGCUGAAUUUUAUAAAGAUGGCCUUCUCAUCAGGAGCAGUUCUACAGGAAACAUGACCAUCCACAACAUUUCCAAGUCCGAUGAAGGGCUCUACAAGUGUAACAUCUCUGGAGCUAGAGAAUCACCAGACAGCUGGCUGGCUGUCAGAGCUAGGCAUCCUGAAUCUUUUCACUCCCCUCUUGUAUACAUUCUACUUCCUGUGGUGGGCGUCUGCCUCUCGCUGGCCUCUGUGAUGCUGCUGUGCCUCUGGAGGAGCCGCAAAGGUAAAAUCGACUCUGAUGUGUUGUACACAGACGUCACCAUCACACAGGAAGUGCAACCAAAGAGGGACAGAGAAAUGGAUGAUACAACAACUUUCUACUCAACAAUCAAACCAGGAGCCAGCUGAGAGGAAACAACAGAACCAGUGUUGAAAUAUAUAUAUAUAUAUAUAUAUAUAUAUAUAUAUAUAUAUAUAUAUAUAUAUAAUUAACCUGAAGAAAUGUUCAAUGUCUGUUUGAAGAGAACACAGUGGAUUACAGGUUUUUUUUCCCCCACCUUGCUGAAGAUACUCACCUGAGUGUGGGAGUGUGGGCGGUUGUGACAACAGACUCAGACACAUAGUAUCUAUUUAUGUAAUGCUUACUAUCAAUAGCCUCAUUGAACAGGUACUUCCUCAUUCCUUUUACUAAUGAUUGAAUGAAACCUGUUCAACUCUCAUACCAGUAGCAUAAGGCACUGAUUUUUAUGAUGUUUUCAAACAUUUAGAUACAUAUAAACCUAAUCCUUGCUUCAACUGCAAUUACAUCACUAUAUUUCAAUGUGUAGUUGUGACUUCUCUAACAGCAGAUCCUAAGAAACAAGUAUAAAGCUACAGCCGCUAACUUAGCUUAGCAUAUAGACUGGAAGCAGGGGGAAACAGCUAGCAUGGCUAUAUCCAAAGGUACCAAAAUCCACCUCCCAACACCUCUAAACCUCUAUUACCGUGCUAUAUGUAGUUUGUUUAAUCUCUACAAAAACCAAAGUGUAAAAACAAAAAUUUGCUUUUUUGCGGUCUUUAUGCUAAACUACGCUAACCAGCUGCUGGUGGAAACUUCAUACUUGGCGUACAGACAUGAAAGUAGUAUCAAACUUUCAGCAAAAAAGCAAAUAAAUGCAUUUCCUUUAUUAUAUUCCAUUUUCAUUCAACUAGAUGUCUAAAAAGCUUUUCAAACACAUUUAGCAUGUCUUGACUUGCAAGUCAAUGCUUACCUCAAAAUUACCUAAAAAGUCAAAACCCUGACUCAUCUUCCUGUUUGGCUUCUACUCUUCCAUGUGAGGCUAAUUAUUGUUAGAGGGAAAAUAAAUACAGUAAAUACAUAUGUGGUGUUCUCAUCAGUAGUAUCUUGGGACUGUCCUGGCAUCAAAGAAAUACUGAAAUAACAUCCUUGUAGAGAGCCCAGUUCUUUCCAUUGCAUGCUUUGUUUUUGUUCCGGGUGUGUCAUGUUUCCUUAUACAGUGUAAAGUUGUGUAAACACAGGCUGCCUGUUCAUGUGACUGGGGUUCGGUCUUCAUGUGUCAGCCUUGUGAUAAAGUGUUCUGUCCUAUGUGUAACGUGCCUCUUGCCCAGUUCAUGCUGGGAUUGGCUCCAGCCCUCCCAUGACCCUCAACAGGAUGUAGGUAGUUAGGAAAAUAUAAUGAGCAAUGUUUUCAGUAUCAAAACGUUUAAUCUUUUCAAUUGAAAAGUGUAAUCUGUGAUCAAAAUAUAAAUAGUAGCCCCACCACAAAGUUCUUUCAAUACAAAUGCUAACAGUAGAGGACAACUAAAUUGAAUUUAGUAAUGUUCUCAAACUGAAUGAAAAUGCUCCUAUAGUGGUAUAUUCUUAUUGUGAGGUGAUGACAAUUCAAAAGUUUAACCAUUUAAUUGUAUUUUGGGAGGAUAAAUAGAGAGAGAGGUCACGCAAAGAUGUGAACCCACAAACUGACUGCUGGCACUGAUGGGUGUGAAAAGGGCAAUUUGGCCAGUUAGGUGUGCCAUAGAUUCAGUGGAGCUGUCCUCAAAUGGGAGAUGGUUAUGCCACCUAGUGGAUAUUUUGAUCUAAACCACUUUCAUUUUAUACUGUGACAACUGUCCUACUCUGAUCUACAUACCUAUAAUGAGGUACUCCAAUUAAAGAUGUCUGUUGCCAAAAUAUAAUAAAACAGAUAUAAUGGAUGUGUGUGCUGAAUUUAGAAACAAAAGGAGAACAAAUUGACAAUAAAAAAAACAAAAUAAUACAUUUUCAACUGUAACUCUUUGGUGAUGUUUGUCACAAACUGGCUUGAUGUAACCUCAUAUGAUGAAUUGGUAUAUAUUAUAUAUUUUACAAUAUAAUUCUUAUAAUUCUUUAUUGAAUUAACUGAAUAUUUUAAGCAUUCUUGUGUUAUUGUUUGGAGUUGCAGAUGUUGAUUGAGGAAGCAGAGGGAGACUGGCCAUCCUGCCUGUGUAAAAAAACAAACCUUCACAAUUCAGAUGUAGUUUUUUUGUUGUGGACUCAAGUUGAUUCUUUCUGCAAUUUUACCAACAGCCAAGAGAAGUACGCUGAGCUAUAAAUGAGAAUUAUUUCCCAGUACUCACCUCUUCCUCGUUCUUCUCCUCAUUAGGAUUUGCGGGCAAAAAAAAAAAAAAAAAAGCAACAGGCUCAAGACUCAAGCACCUGAUUGAAAGCACCAUGAGCAAACCAUUCAUUACAAUAGGGUCACCAUCACAACUACCUAGACCUCAAAGUCCGUGCAAGAGAUAAACUUAAAAAAAAAUGUAAUUUAUUAAAAGGUAAGUCAUCCAACAAACAACUGCGUAUGGAAAUCGGCAGCAACAGCACUGAAAGCAAUGCAUGGAUAUGAGAGGCAGGUGCGGCAAACAAAUGGCAGCAUAGACAGUAAGCACAUGGGCCAACACAGUGAGUUUACACUGACUUCCGCUGCAUUGUUUGAAAUGUUUCAAUAUCAGCACCUCAAUAUAAUACUGUUCAAAAUUUGGAAAACAUUACAAUUUAAAUCAGGAAAUUGAUCAAAGAAUGACUAAUCAAGAUUAUGAUUGAAGAUUAUGACCAGGCAUUCAAUGCCAACUUUCUGUAUAUGUUUGAUACACAGUGCAAGUUGCAACAGACACAUUUCAGUCAGUAACAAAGGUACUGAGGCCCUAUACUAUCUGAAGCUAUACAAAGACACUUUUUUCCUUAAUUAAAAAAGGAGAGUUUUAGGAGGGAAAAGUUUCACAGUGGUAAAAGAUUUUAAACAGUAAUUUUUUGAUACAAAGCCAUAUUUUCAUUGACAACACAUUUAGAUGUAUUUUGACAUGCAAGAGAAUCUGAGGAGUAUGUUUUCUCUUAUUAGUAUUUUAAUUUAUAUUUAUGUCAACAUUAAUUUUAUGAGAAUAGAUGUCACAUUUCCAAGUGAGACAGUUGGUACAAUCAAUGCUUGAUUGAGGCGUAAUGCCACAUAUGAAUACUUGAGCACAAAACACCUGCUAGUUGUUAUUCUGGUAUUGGUAUAACAAUUGGUAGUAGGCAAGGACAUUCUGGUAAUGGUGAAAAAUAGAUAUUUGUGUAAGAGGACACAGGAUGGUGGAAUUUGAAAGGGGAAAAGGAGAGUUAGACAUCAUUGGAGGGUUUGAGGUUGGAUAAUGAGCUGAAGGGGAAAGCGGACUAUGAGUGGAGAUGAUGCGAUGAGCUACUGAAGUUGGAGGACUAGUGGAGUUGAAUGUUGAAUGAGAAGCAUUCGUGGUUUGAAAGGCAGAUGUGCUUGUUUGAUUAGGAGAAAAACUGAAAGAAAAAGUGGUAUUUGAAAGGGUAACAGUGGUGCUUGAAGGAACAGACAAACGAUUCUGAGAUGUUGGAGAAGUUAAUGGCUCAGUAGUCAUAUUUGCAAGGUAAGUAGUUGCUGGUGCUUGAGGAUCAGUUGAGUUUGAAGUGACAGUAAUGCCACUGAAAGUGGUGAUGGCAGUUUGAGGCAUAGCAGAAACUGUAGCAGUAGCUAUAGAUGGUUGGGUAGAAGUGCUUUCCUCAGAAAUGAUGGCUGUUUGAAUCGUAGCUGUGGCUGCAUCGAUGGUAGUUGAUACGAUAGAUGUUUUGGUCAGAGGGACAGUGGUUGUUAGUAGAAUAGUAGUUGUUGGUGUUUCUGUAGUUGUAGGUGUAGUGGUGCUCAAAGUGGUAGUAAGAGGGGAAGAUGUGGUAGUGAUAGGAGCAGAUGUAGUUGUAAAAGGGCCAGAUGUGGUACUGACAGGGGUAGAUGUGGUAGUUAAAGGGCCAGAUGGGUUAGUGAGAAGAGUAGAUGUAGUUGUAAAAGUGCCAGAUGUGGUGCUGGGAGGGGCAGAUGUGGUAGUGAUAGGAACAGUAGAAAUAACCUUGCGAGGAGUUGUUAUAACAGACAAAA